UACCGCUUCAUCUGCCCAGAAUAGCAGGCAGCGUGAUAGAGGAAAAGGAGGUAGAACUACUGCAGUAGAGGUGACAGCUGGGAAGAUGUUUUAAGAAGUCUGUCCUUCAGAGCAACUUCAACCCACUAAAGAUGGAGAAUGAGACGGUCGAUGAACUUAACCAGACCCAGCUACAGCCGCGAGUGGUGGUGGCCGUAGAGUACCAAGUGGUUACAAUCUUACUGGUGGUCGUUGUCUGUGGUCUGGGCAUCAUAGGCAACAUCAUGGUGGUCCUGGUGGUCAUGAGAACCAAGCACAUGAGGACCCCUACGAACUGCUACCUGGUAAGCCUGGCAGUGGCUGAUCUCAUGGUCCUAGUGGCUGCAGGCCUCCCCAACAUCACCGACAGCAUAUACGGUUCCUGGGUCUAUGGCUAUGUGGGAUGCCUCUGCAUUACAUAUCUCCAGUACUUGGGAAUUAAUGCAUCCUCUUGUUCCAUAACAGCCUUCACCAUUGAGAGGUACAUAGCCAUCUGUCAUCCCAUCAAAGCCCAAUUUCUCUGCACAUUUUCCAGAGCCAAAAAGAUCAUCAUCUUUGUGUGGGCCUUUACGUCCAUUUACUGUAUGCUCUGGUUCUUCCUGCUGGAUCUCAACAUCAUCACCUACAGAGAUGCUACUGUGGUGUCCUGUGGCUACAGGAUUUCCAGAAAUUACUAUUCACCUAUUUACCUAAUGGACUUUGGUGUCUUUUAUGUUGUGCCGAUGAUCUUGGCCACUGUUCUCUAUGGGUUCAUAGCUAGAAUCCUCUUCUUAAAUCCUAUUCCUUCAGACCCGAAAGAAAACUCUAAGACAUGGAAAAAUGACUCAACCCAUCAGAACAAGAAUUUGAACUUAAAUACCUCCAACAGAUGUUUCAACAGCACAGUCUCUUCGAGGAAGCAGGUCACCAAGAUGCUGGCAGUGGUUGUAAUUCUUUUUGCCCUUUUGUGGAUGCCCUACAGGACUCUCGUGGUUGUCAACUCAUUUCUCUCCAGCCCUUUCCAAGAAAAUUGGUUCUUACUUUUCUGCCGAAUUUGCAUUUAUCUCAACAGUGCCAUCAAUCCAGUGAUUUACAACCUCAUGUCCCAGAAAUUCCGCGCAGCCUUCAGAAAGCUCUGCAACUGCAAACAGAAGCCUACAGAAAAGCCAGCUAACUACAGUGUGGCCCUGAAUUAUAGUGUCAUCAAGGAGUCAGACCAUUUUAGCACGGAGCUGGAUGAUGUCACUGUGACUGACACUUACCUCUCUGCCACAAAAGUGUCUUUUGAUGAUACCUGCUUGGCUUCUGAGAGGAAUGGACUCAACUCUCAUACCAGAGGCUAUUCUCUGACUGCCAAACAAGGCCAAAUGCAAACUUUCUCAACACUGUCUUGGACUGUAUUGAUAAAGAGGGAAGCCUCUCAGAAAAGAAAACAAAUGCAAAAUGCUACUAAAGGAAGGACUUCUCUAGCCAAAGAUCUGCACUCAGAAAUUAAUAAGGAUAUUGUGGUAGUUUGAUUUACAUAGGAAUUAGGGCUUAUGGGUAUGUGCAGUCAGGUUCACAUUGCUGGUAGAAAUCACCUGACCAAGAGCAGCUUUUGGGGAAAAGGGUUUAUUUUGGCUUACAGACUUGAGGGGAAGCUCCAUGA